CUCACCCAAGAACUGUACAAGCACAAUCACAACAAACAAAAUGUCUCAACCACAAUCCCUCCCGACCAACUCCGCCCUAACCCUCUCCCUCCUCACCUCCCUCGGCGGCGUAAUCGGCUACGCCCGCACAGGCUCCAUCCCCUCCAUCGCAGCAGGCCUCUCCGUUGGCGCGCUCUACCUGUACAGUUACUCGCGGCUGCGGAACGGCGAGACACUUGGUGAAGAACUUAGUUUGUUGGCGUCGGUUGUGUUGGGUGGAAGUUCGGUGCCCAGGGCGAUUAAGACGGGGGGUAAGCUGGUGCCGGUUGGGUUGAGUAUUUUGGCGACUUAUGGUGUGGUGGUUUUUGGGAAGGAGGUUUUGGGGAAGAGGGCUUGAUUAGUUGAUCGACUAUGGUUGGAAAUGUGUACGGUCGAGCAUCAAGUGAUGGGUGUAAUGGGACCAUACUACAAAUACAAAAUAUGACUUGUUCUAUCCG